AAAAGAAGAAUAAGAUAUAUACAGAAUCCAACUCCAUUGAAGAAGAAAGCUAUUGACAAACAUACACGCUAGCUAAGCUUCUUGGGCUUCUUUGAAGUUCUUCCAGGAAUAUACAUUUAAACAAAGGUUUCCAAGGCAGCUGAGAGUGAGAUUCUGCAGGUGAGCGAUGGUAUUUUCCUGCACUGACGACGUGGCCACAGGUUUAAAAGAUGUUUUAACUCAUUGUUACAAAUGCAAAGGGAGAAAGGUUAGCCUUUCAGAUCACGAAGACAAUGACGAGAAACUUAUUGGGGAUUUCAACUACGACCAUGAAAUUGUUGUUUUCCAGAUCAGAAGCCGAGCGAUGGAGAAGCUAAGGAAGAAGCCAAAGAUAGGCAUGGAGAGACUAGCUUACACACCAAAAGUUUACCCAUCUAAAGAGGAAAGCAACAUCGAAAAGGAAGAGGUUGUAGAGUUUUGUUCCGUGGGAAGCAGCUUCUCGGAAUGUUGUACAAGUGAUCUGAGUGUAGAAGCAUAUAUGACAGCAAAAACUGAGUUCUCGAGGAGUUCGAGCUUGAAAGGUGUGGAGUUAGAGAAUGAAUGGAAGAUGUAUUAUUUGAAUGGAAUAAGGAAAGGAUCAGUGAUUCAAGAGUUGUGUCAUUGCCAAGGAUGGCCGUUUGGUUUAGGAAGAAAAGCCGCGUUGCUUCCACCGCUACCUAAGUCACCUGCAGAGUCUUGGUCAUGGAGGAAACCAAAUAGAGUUGCUCCAAUUCCUUUUAUUUGACAAAAUAAAAGUAAACUCUAAAGGUAAGGAAACAUAACACAAAGACCUGUUAAAAACUGUCGGAGCUGUAAAAUUAUUUUUCAAUUGGUGUUGUUGUUAAGCUUUAACUUUGAAAAGCUUCAUUUUGGAGGAAAUAAUGAACAAACUCACCAUAUAUGUCUUUGGUCAGUUAUCGACCUUAUUAUACGCAAUUAGCAACAUAAAAAGUUUUGGAUCUUUU